GUCGGAAUUUUCAAUAUACGCAAAAUAAAUCACAUUAAGAGCCAUUACAAAUUCUAAGAAACCUGAUGCCUCUGUACAAAGUCUAAUAUACGAUCACGUGCAUUGAAUCCGUCCGCAACAAUGUGCCUUCUAAUCCUACGUUACCUGAAAUGCCUGGCAAAUGUCUCGAUCGCCACCACGGCUUUUGCUAUACUUCUAAUGAUUGCCGUUGUUUGUACCCCCGCAACGGCAACGCAGUCAGGAAUUUAUGUAGAUAAUGGCGUCGAUCAAACAAUCAUGCACCGCGUGCUCACCGACGACGACAAACUGGAGGUCUCGUAUGAAAUACUAGAAUUCCUGGGCAUUGCCGAUCGUCCUUCACAUCGGAAUAACCAUCAGUUGUCGCUGAGAAAGUCCGCGCCGAAGUUUUUACUUGACGUGUACCAUCGUAUUUCCGCAGAGGAAGGACUCGGUGACAACCAACAUAAUGAACAUCCGCCCCAUCGUUCGAAGCGUGAUGUCGAUGAAAUGAACGAAGAUAAUUUUAUAACUGAUCUCGAUAAGCGUGCCAUUGAUGAAAGUGACAUUAUUAUGACAUUUCUGAACAAACGAAACCACAAUGUUGAUGAAAUGCGACACGAGCACGGAGCGCGACUUUGGUUUGACGUGUCCAAUGUGCCAAUUGAUAAUUAUCUUAUGAUGGCUGAGCUCCGAAUCUACCAGAAUUCGAAUGAGGGCAAAUGGUUAACUACCAAUAAGGCAUUUACAAUCACAGUAUAUUCGAUACGGUCUGUCUCCCUGGGCCAAAAUAAGCUGGAGCUGGAGCCAUUAUCAUCUGUGAACACAACUGGCGAUUACGUUGGUUGGCUAGAAAUGAACACAACUGAGGGGUUGAGCGAAUGGUUGCAGAAUUCAAAGGAGAACCACGGCAUUUAUAUUGGUGCCCAUGCCGUAAAUAAACCGGAGAGGGAAGUGAAGCUGGAUGAUAUUGGCCUAAUUCAUCGUAAAGUCAAUGUAGAUGAUGAAUACCAGCCAUUUAUGAUCGGAUUUUUUAGAGGGCCUGAGCUCAUUAAAGCAACCACCCACAGCAGCCAUCGCAGAACAAAACGGAGUACUUCCCGUAAGAAGAAGAAAUCUGAAUCGGUAAAUCCCCUUUUAGACAGCCCCAUCGAAAAUACACGCAGUUGUCAGAUGCAAACGCUUUACAUCGACUUUAGGGACUUGGGAUGGCAUGACUGGAUUAUCGCACCAGACGGCUAUGGCGCCUUUUAUUGCAGUGGCGAAUGUAAUUUCCCUCUUAAUGCGCACAUGAACGCUACGAAUCACGCUAUUGUACAGACUUUAGUACAUCUCCUGGAGCCGAAGAAGGUACCCAAACCUUGCUGCGCCCCCACGCGGCUAGGUGCCCUUCCCGUUUUAUAUCAUCUCAACGAUGAGAAUGUUAAUUUGAAAAAAUAUAGAAACAUGAUUGUCAAGUCUUGUGGGUGCCAUUAAGUUCCAAUUUGAUUGUAAAUUAAUUUUAUAAAGCAUUUCUGUGUGUAUGCCGUAUUUUGUACUAAUCUCGAAUAAUUAUGUAUAUAUACAUAAAUAUAUAUGUAUAUAUAUAGAUAUAUAUGUAAAAUGAUAUUGUCUUAAACAAUUUAUAAACAGGUAUUGUAAAUUUUUCCUUAACCGCAAUUGAUCGCUGACAAGGAAUCAUUAUUGGUCCUCAUAGUAUGUAAAUUAAUAUUUUGUGUAUAAACUUGUGAACUUUUUAUAUCUAUAUACAUAUGAGCAUAAAUUUGGUGCUCGAACUGUC